UUCUUGUGUUUACUAUUUGAAGAUUGAAAGCAGUGCAUAUGAUUGUAGUGAAUAAAUAAAAAGUUACGUUAUAACAUUUUUAACCGACAUUUGCUUUAUUUCUAAAUAGAGAAGACUUCUCAUUCGAAAUCUUUUUUUUUUUUCUUAAAAUGCCUUUACCUGCGGCUUUAUUAGCACGGCUUCAAAAACGGGGUAUCCUUAAAGCAGCUCCUGAACCAGAAAUUGAAGAAGAAGUUAUUGCAGAAGAUUAUGAUGAUAAUGAAAAGACAGCUGAUAGUUAUCAAAAUGGUGUUGAGUCUGAUGAAGCAGUUGAGUUGAAAGAACCUUGGAUGGGAUGCCCAAAUAAAUGGAACAUUUAUCAUGAGUGUUCAAAGUUUUGCAAAGAAAACUGGGGCUCAGGUAAGGAGCAACCUUCUCCAAAAACUGAACGGAAGCGGUUGCUGAUGCUAAAGAAAUAUCCUUUACCUGAUGGCUGGGAGGAAGUGUACGAUCCAGGAAUUGGCAGACACUAUUAUUGGAACACAAAAACAGAUGAAGUGGCCUGGCUGUCUCCCAAUCACCCAAGGUGCAAAAUAUCUCUACCAGCAGAAAAAUUAAGAGCUUUACUCAAGGAAAACUUUUUAGAACCUAUGGAUGAAGGUGAAGAUCAAGAACAAAGUGAAUCGGAGGAAGAUUCUGAAGACGAGGAAAAUGAACAUGCUAAUGAAGAAAGAAAUGAAAAGCAUUACAGAAAGGAACAGAUUCAAGAGAGAUUACGAGGUAGACCAAAAGUAAGAGAGAAUGAUUUAGAUCCAAUGGAUCCUGCAGCAUAUUCUGAGGCACCAAGAGGUACAUGGUCUUCUGGCUUGGAUCGUAAAGGUGAGGCCAAGACUGGAGCUGAUACUACUGCUUCAGGUCCAUUAUAUCAGAUGAGGCCAUAUCCUAGUCCUGGUGCUGUUCUGCGUUUAAAUGCAGAAAUAAAAAACAAAGAAUCAUCUGACACAGAAGAAGCUGAAUAAUUUUAUUGUAUAUCUUAUUGUAAAUAAACUGAUUUGUUAAAUAUA